AUGUUCACAUCUUUUAUGAAUAAUCAUUAUGCUAAAAAUUGUUAUUUAAAUGAAGCUAAACGUUUAUUAAAAGUACUUGAUAUACAAUUAGCUACAACAAAUUCAUUUGUUAGCGGUAAUAAUUAUACAAUAGCUGAUAUCGCUACAUUUCCAUGGCAUAUUUUAGAUAUGUCACUUCGCAUCGAUCAAAAAGGUUUUUUUCUUGAUACAUAUAGAACUCAAAAUAGAGAUACAGCAACAAAUACAGAACAAGCUGAUUGUGAACAGGCUGUUGAAAAACUUUUUCAAAAUUUUCUUAAUCAACAAUCAAGUUAUGGAUUAAAAGGUCCUGUUCUUCAACGAGAUAAACAUGCUACGUUUUUGCUUAAAGGUCUUCGCCAUUUGCCACGUACCCAUGAAUCACUUGAUGCUAGCCGACCAUGGCUAGUCUAUUGGAUUACUCAAUCGUUAUAUUUAUUAGAUGAACAAUUAUCCGAGGCGUAUACUAAUGAUAUUUGCGACUUUUUACAACGAUGUCAACAUCCAGAUGGUGGCUUCGGAGGUAUGAAAAGAAACAUACAAUGUCUGGAAUGUUCCCUAUCAAAAAGAAAAUUAUACAGCGUCAUUGUGGCUAAAACAAAUCAAAUGACUUUUUUUUAGGAGAUAAAGUUAGACUUUUAUAAAUAGAAAUAUUAGUCUUAGUUUUGUUGAUUAUGAAAAUCUCUAAAAUUGUGUCAAUUGUAUCAAUUAAUUUCUUGUCAAAGCUGUUGAUGAAUAAGGAACAAAUCGUUUUGAAGAAACACACUAAUUGCUUAAGUGUUAUGUAAAUAUUUGCAAAGUAUGAGAAGAACAUUGGAAUUUCAAAAAGUCUAGAGUGUAACGAAAAAACAUUGAGGCAAUUCAAUAUAAAAUCCUACCUUUUGUUUUUCGAAACUCGAUAAUAGGAAUUUCAUAUGUAUUGAAUCCAAAAGUUAUCAUUUUCAUAAGUAUUUAUAAAUUAUAACUUUAUGAAUAAAAACUUGGCAAUUUCCUUAAAAAAUCUAGGUAACUUUUCGAACAUCUUGUAUAUUUCUUAAAAUAAACAUAUUUUCUCAUUAUACAAACCAGAGAUGGGAUCAAUUCGGUUUGCAGUAUAUCCAUUUAUCUUCGGUUUAAAUUUUGAAAAAUCUGAUUCGAUUCGAUAUCUUAACCCUUUACCCCCCCUUGGUCACUGGAGUGACCAUUUGUAGAACGACUGCAGAAAAGAAAGGGAGCAUCGGGUUAAAAAACGCUAAGCACCUUUU